AUGGCGAGGCUUCACCUCUUCUUGCUCUUCCUGCAACUCCUGCUGCUAUGCUGCACGACAUCUACCCAAGCUCAGACAAACAUCACCACAGGCUCGUCUUUGACACCCCAAGGGGCCAACACCUCAUGGGUCUCGGCCUCUACCGAUUUUGCAUUUGGUUUCAGGCCGGUAGAGGGAAACUCCUCCUCUUACCUCCUUGCUAUAUGGUUCAACAAUAUCGCCGAAAAGACCGUCGUUUGGUAUGCCAAGACAAGCUCCAAUGGGCAAGAAGAUACAGUACCAGUACAAGUGCCAUCUGGCUCUACCCUAAAGCUCGCUGACGGAUCACUCUCUCUUCGGGAUCCCUCUGGCAACGAGGUAUGGAAUCCACAAGUUAUUGGUGUGGGCUAUGCGAGAAUGCUCGACACCGGUAAUUUCAUGCUUCUAGGCACAGAUGGCACAACCAAGUGGAAGUCCUUCGGUUCCCCAUCUGAUACCAUCCUACCCACACAAGUGCUCCCACUGGAGACGGCACUCCACAGCCGUCUCCUUGUCACAGACUACUCCAAUGGCCGGUUUCAGCUAAGUGUUCAAAAAGACGGUAAUCUUGUCAUGUAUCAAGUUGCAGUGCCUUCUGUAUACUCGCAUGAUCCAUACUGGGCCAGUAGCACAGUGGGUAAUGGCUCACAGCUGGUGUUCAAUGGAACUGGAAGGAUAUAUUUCAGUUUGAUUAACGGCACGCAGGUAAAUAUCACUUCUGCAGGGGUGGACUCCAUGGGUGAUUUCUUCCACCGUGCAACGCUCGAUACAGAUGGUGUGUUCCGGCAAUAUGUUUACCCAAAGAGCAUACAGGCUAGGCGCUUGUGGCAGCAGGAAUGGAGAGCGGUGGAUGCACUUCCCGGAAACAUAUGCCAGGCAAUACUGACAGAGGUGGGCAGUGGUGUAUGCGGCUUCAACAGUUACUGCACCUUUGAUGGCACCAAGAACAUGACAAGCUGUUCAUGCCCACAGAGGUACAAGUUCUUCGACGAGGAGAGGAAAUACAGAGGCUGCAGGCCAGAUUUUGUGCCACAAAGCUGUGAUCUGGAUGCAGCAGCAGCGAUGGAUCAGUAUGAGAUGACACCAAUCAAUCGUGUUGACUGGCCUCUCUCGGACUAUGAGCAGUACAGCCCCAUAGAUGAGACCGAGUGCCGACGGCUGUGCGUGAUUGAUUGCUUCUGUGCCAUUGCUGUGUUAGAUAAAUCCACAAACACUUGUUGGAAGAAAAAGCUGCCUUUAUCGAAUGGGAAAAUGGAUGACAGUGUACAGAGGACGGUGUUUCUUAAGUUACCGAGGAGCACCAAUUCACCCUCCAUGCUCAGCAGCGGCUCAAACAAGUGGAAGAAGGACAAAAAGUAUUGGAUUCUAGGGAGUUCAUUAUUCUUUGGAACCUCUCUAUUGGUGAACUUCCUCCUUGUCUCUGUUCUUCUUUUUGGUACUUAUUGUAGUAUAAUCUCAAGGAAGAAAAUCCAGGAACUGCAAUCAUUGCAUAAUUGUGGGUUACCUCCAAAGAUUUUCACAUACAACGAGCUAGAAAAGGCAACUGGUGGUUUCAAUGAGGUACUUGGCACAGGAGCCUCUGGUGUUGUGUACAAAGGACAGCUGCAAGAUGAACAUGGGAUCAACAUCGCAGUCAAGAAAAUCGAGAAGCUUCAGCAGGAGGCAGAAAAGGAGUUCUUGGUGGAAGUCCAAACCAUUGGGCAGACAUUCCACAGGAACUUAGUCAGGCUGCUUGGCUUUUGCAACGAGGGAACUGAAAGACUGCUAGUGUAUGAGUUCAUGAGCAAGGGCUCACUCAACACAUUCCUUUUUAGUGAUAAUCGUCCACAUUGGAGCAUCCGUGUUCAAGUUGCACUUGGGGUGGCAAGAGGGCUGCUCUACUUACAUGAGGAGUGUAAUAAGCAAAUCAUCCAUUGCGACAUGAAACCGCAGAACAUCCUUCUCGACAAUAACUUCGCCGCAAAGAUUUCAGAUUUUGGGCUAGCAAAGCUUCUUCAGUUGAAUCAGACACAAACAAACACCGGCAUUCGGGGUACUCGAGGAUAUGUUGCCCCUGAAUGGUUCAAGAACAUAGGGAUCACUUCCAAGGUUGAUGUUUAUAGCUUUGGGGUGAUCCUUCUUGAGAUCGUGUGCUGUCGGCAGAAUGUUGUGUUGGAAGCCAUGGAUGAGGAGAAGGCAAUACUAACCUAUUGGGCAAAUGAUUGCUACAGGUGUGGCAGAAUUGACUUGCUGGUAGAGGGUGAUGAUGAAGCCAUCUUCAACAUAAAGAAGGUAGAACGCUUCGUUGCUGUGGCACUUUGGUGCCUCCAGGAGGAGCCAACGAUGCGGCCAACCAUGCUUAAGGUCACGCAAAUGCUUGAUGGAGCAGUCCAAAUCCCAACACCUCCUGACCCUUCAUCAUAUAUUAGUUCACUUCCAUAAGAGCAGCCUUCGUGUAAAAAAAAAUACAAAUUUGAAGCAAGAGUCAUGAUGAGUCAUGGUAUUUAGGCACUAAUGCUUACCAGCAACAAAUAUAAUCACUAUUGCUUAGCAUGAAAGAUAAAGAUACAUGCAUGUCACUUUAUGUAUGCGACUAUGAAUCUUUCUGAGCCAAACAUUUUCAUACCAAAAGAGAUGGUAUUACAUAUCUUUGA